UUCAUAGGCGGAAGUGACACUCGACAUCUUGAUGCGGAAGAGAUUCCGAACAAUUGAAGAUUUCACCAAAAUGAUAACAAAACACUAACCAGAGCUAAUAACGUCGUGUUGUAGCUAUUGUACGUUGAUCUAUUGAGACUAGAGUAAAGUUUUAUUUUGGCAAUUGUACGUAUCCAGCAACCAUGGCUAAUAACAAUUUACAGAAAGCCAUAGAUCUUGCAAGCAAGGCUGCAGAGGAGGACAAAGCUAAAAACUAUGAGGAAGCUCUCCGGUUGUACCAGCAUUCUAUUCAGUACUUCCUUCAUGUUGUGAAGUAUGAGGCCCAGGGAGACAAGGCCAAGCAAAGCAUCAGGGCAAAGUGUGCAGAGUACCUGGACCGAGCAGAGAAGCUGAAGGAAUACCUUAAGAAGAAGGAGAAGGCUCCUCCAGCCAAGCCUGUCAAAGAGUCUGGGUCUGAUGACAAAGGGAAUGAGAGUGAUGAAGGUGAAGGUGACCCAGAGAAAAAGAAGUUCCAAAAUCAACUCUCGGGUGCCAUCGUCAUGGAAAAGCCAAACAUCAAGUGGAGUGACGUAGCUGGGCUUGAGGGUGCAAAAGAGGCCCUUAAAGAAGCUGUCAUCUUGCCCAUCAAAUUUCCUCACCUCUUCACAGGAAAGCGGACUCCAUGGAGAGGGAUCUUGCUCUUUGGCCCUCCUGGUACAGGGAAGUCUUACCUGGCCAAGGCUGUGGCCACAGAAGCCAACAACUCCACCUUCUUCUCUAUCUCCUCAUCUGACCUGGUGUCUAAGUGGCUGGGGGAAAGUGAAAAGUUGGUGAAGAAUCUGUUUAGCCUAGCCAGGGAGAACAAGCCCUCCAUCAUCUUCAUUGAUGAGAUAGACUCUCUGUGUGGCUCCAGGAGUGAGAACGAGAGUGAAGCAGCCCGCCGCAUCAAGACUGAGUUCCUGGUACAGAUGCAGGGUGUUGGAAAUGACAAUGAUGGAGUCCUGGUUCUAGGAGCCACAAACAUCCCCUGGACAUUGGACUCUGCUAUUAGGAGAAGGUUUGAGAAGCGGAUCUACAUCCCUCUGCCUGAGGAGCACGCCCGCUCCUUCAUGUUCAAGCUACAUCUAGGCUCCACCCCCAGUGAGCUCAUUGAAUCAGACUAUGUGACUCUUGGUAAGAAGACAGAAGGCUACUCUGGAGCUGACAUCAGCGUCAUCGUGAGGGACGCCCUCAUGCAGCCAGUCAGGAAAGUGCAGUCGGCCACUCACUUCAAACGGGUCCAAGGAUCGUCAUGGAACCAUCCCAACCUCGUGGUAGAUGAUCUCCUGACCCCAUGCUCACCAGGAGAUCCAGAUGCCAUAGAGAUGACCUGGAUGGAUGUUAAUGGGGAGAAACUCAUGGAGCCUGUUGUUUGCAUGGCUGAUAUGCUGAGGUCACUGCACAACACCAAGCCAACCGUGAACGAGCAGGACUUGGAUAAACUCAAGAAGUUCACAGAGGACUUUGGUCAGGAAGGCUAACACUCAACCAGAUAAUGCAAACCCAACUUUCCUUUCUCUUGUCCUUUUCCUCAGGCUUGUAUUUACUACUCUACUUUCUCUCCAAGUUACAAAGGGGUUUCAUGUAUGUUGAUUUGUUUGCUUAUUCUGCUAAUACAUACCCAUAGUACAUUACUUUUUUCUUUUAUUUACGAAGCCAGAAAAGGUUGACUAAUGUUUAAGAUGGUGAUGGUCUCAAAGAAUAUGGAUUCAAGCAAUGUAUUCAUAGUUUAUGCUUUAAAACACUAAAGUGUCUGUUUUUGCCUUGAUGGCAUCAAACUAACAAUGCAUGUCAUGGUGCAUUACAGCAACUCCUCCAAAAGGCCUUUACUCCUUGAAGUACAUCUAUGACUUGACCAGAUAGAUUAGGAUUGCAGGUUUUGUUGUACUGUAUUGUGUUAGGACCUAGUUAGUUUAUUUGACUAGGACCUAGUUAAACAUGAACUUUAACUAGGACCUAGUUAAGUUUUUAUUUAUUUAUUCAUGUUGUAUCCAAGAAGGGCUAAGUCUAACGUUCACUCUGUGUUGGUGGAGUAGCACUCAUUGAGGCGGACCAUAUCAUGAUUAAAUAUCAGCAACUUUAAUUUGAUUUCAACUUCCUUUCAUUGUCUUUUUUUGUACAAUAUUUGUACUACAUUUUGCUGUAGGCUGUUUUUGAAAGAAGGCGUUAGUCUGAGUUCCUUGCUGUUCAACAGCAAGUAAAAGUACUUUGGGGAUGGGUGGGUGGGGCUAUGUUAUAAUGAAAUAAAACCCAAUGAUUGAUCUGAAAGAUGAAUCAGUAAUUGAGUGUGCAAUAAUGUUUGGUCAUUUUUUUUAACCUGUACCCCUUCAAUUGUACUUCAUACAUUUUUGCCCACUUCAAAUGUUUUGUACAAGUUGUGCCUUGAAAGAGAAUCAAUGUAUAUCCUCUUUCACUUACUACUAAAGCCGAUGAAACUUCAGACACCCUAUGAAAGAGACACAUAUUCAGACAGUUACUUACUUAUGAUUGUAUACAGUUCUUUCUAUAACCUCUGACUUAAAAACACAAAAAAUGCUAUAAAUCUCAAUGUACAGUAUAGUCAUUCAUUCUCAUUUGAGCUGUUCACAAAUAUUGUCUGGUCACUGGGAUGAGAUUAGUGUAGCGUUGAACAAUGCUGAGAAGGGAGGGGUUUUUCUUCAUAAAAGAAUGGUCAUUAUGUUUUCUUUUGGAAAUACUGUUAACAUCUAUGGCUGUGGGGUUUCCUUAGAAAUAUAUAUUCAGGUUUUUUUCUGGGAUGUUCCAGAGGUAUCCAGUUGUGUUCUAAUCUUGGUGUAUAUGUAAAUAAAAAUAUUACUUAUUGAAA